AUGACCGUUGUUGGAGGUCAUGGACAAGGCAAUGCCACGAAUAAACUCAAACAUCCUUAUGGUCUCUUUGUUGAUGAUGAUCAAACGAUGGUCAUUGCUGACUACCGGAAUCAUCGUAUCAUCCAAUGGAAGACGAGCAAUACGAAUGGACAAGUAGUAGCCGGUGGUCAUGGCCGUGGAGGUCGAUUAGAUCAAUUAGAUCGGCCAACCGAUGUGUUGAUCGACAAAGAGACGAAUAAUCUCAUUAUCUGUGAUAAUGGACGAGCUGUUCAAUGGUCUCGUCGUAGUGGCACAACUGAAAUAGAAAUCCUCCUCGACAACAUCGAUCCUUUCGGAUUGGCCAUGGAUGAUCAAAGAUAUCUCUACAUCUCUGACACCGACAAACAUGAAGUAAGACGGUAUCAAAUAGGAGACAAGAGUGGAACUAUCGUGGCUGGUGGCAAUAGCAAAGGUGAUGGUCUCAAUCAACUCAACUAUCCACACUACAUAUUUGUUGAUCGACAUCAGACUGUCUACGUGUCGGACUUCGGAAAUCAUCGUGUGAUGAAAUGGAAUAAAGAUGCACAAGAAGGAAUUGUCGUUGCUGGAGGUCAAGGCGAAGGAAAUGCUCUAACACAAUUGUCACAUCCUCAAGGGCUGCUCGUCGAUAUGUUGGGCACCCUGUAUAUAGCAGACUCAUUUAAUCAUCGAGUGAUGCGUUGGCCUAAAGGAGCGAAACAGGGUACUGUUAUUGUGGGUGGAAAUGAUCAAGGACAAGGAGCAAAUCAGUUGAGUUGGCCCAUAGGCUUGUCAUUCGAUCGUCAAGGCAGCCUCUAUGUCGUUGAUUGCGAGAAUCAUCGAGUUCAACGCUUCUCUAUCGAAUAG